AUGAUGAUGGAGGAGGAUGAAGCGGAGGCUCAUCAGGUGGAUAUGGAGAGCAGACCUAGCUCGUGCAGCUGGCCAGACUCCUCGUGUGAGCUGAGCGCGGAUCUGUCGCUCGAUCUGAGCAUCUGUAAAGUGGAGUCGGAUCAUGUUCCAUCAUCAUCGUGCAUGUUGGAUGCAGAAGGAUUUCACGGCUUCACCGGAGCUGCGCUGCGUAAAACCAAGAGCUCGUCCCGGCGGAACGCGUGGGGAAACCAGUCUUACGCGGAGCUCAUCACCCGCGCCAUCGAGAGCACACCCGACAAAAGACUCACCCUGUCACAGAUCUACGACUGGAUGGUCCGAUAUGUGCCCUAUUUCAAAGAUAAAGGAGACAGCAACAGCUCUGCCGGCUGGAAGAACUCCAUCCGUCACAAUCUGUCCCUGCACACACGCUUCAUCCGUGUGCAGAAUGAGGGAACGGGCAAGAGUUCCUGGUGGAUGCUUAAUCCUGAGGGAGGCAAGUUGGGAAAAGCCCCCCGCCGCCGAGCCAUCUCCAUGGACAACAGCACCAAGUACUUAAAGAGCAAAAGGCGAGUGAGCCGUAAGAGGAAUCCUGGGAAAGCCAAGCAGGUUGCAGAGCCACCGGUGGGAUUCUGUAGCUCUCCAGAGCAUUGUAGUCCCACUACAAUGUCUGGGACUGGUGGGCCAGUGGUUAGGGAGGACUUUCACACCUGGAAGGAUCUCCAUUCACAUGCCAGCUCUUCAGCUUCAACUCUUAGUGGUUGCCUGUCACCCAUCCUAGCUGAGGUGGAACUGGGAGAGCCUGAGGAGGUAAGGUUAUCUUGCUCCACGUCUCCACACCUCUACCCCAGUCCCUCUAGUGCCCACUCACCUGCAUCCCACUGCAAUGCAGAUCUCAGGGCGACCAUUACCUACCAACAGCACCAGCCAAUGGGCCAUCAACACCCUUCUUACCACUACAACAGUGAUUCAAAAAGCCAGGGCUCCAGCUGCGACUCAGCUUAUGGCCAGCCAAGUGUGGGCAUGCUUCUCCCUCAUCCCUCCAUGCAGACUUUUGAGGAGAGCACAUGCUUCUCUGGUAGUAUGCAGGCCUACACGAGCUCCAGUACCUUGCAGAGUCUGCUGACCAGAGGACCCCAGUUCAAUGUCAAGGACAAGAUACUGGGGAAGGAGAAUGUGGUCCACUCCAUGAUGGUUGCUCAAGGCAAUAGGGCAAGAUCCAGCAGUAGUCAGCAUGGUCACAAUAAUGCUCCUGCUCCUGACUCUUCCUCCAAACCAUCUCACAGCCACAACAUCAUUCAAAGAUUGAGCCAAGACCAUCACCAUGCAGCAGUGCAUUCUCAACCCAGUGAUGGACACAUGCAGUCAUACAUUCAUAAAUCCCCUUACCUAUACAGCCCUCAAGCCCAAGCACAUCUCUCAGCAUCCACCAUGCUACCCCAAAACCUUGCAGGCAUGCAGGAAAUCCUACAGGACACCUGCCACCUUGAAACAGCCCCGUAUCCACUCCCCCUCCUCAACAUUUACUCCAGUCCACAUCAGCACAGUAUGCCUGAAGGACCAUACCAUCAAUCUCAGGGGGCAGGGGAAGGGUACCAGUACCAACAACCCCAUCAGCUCUAUCCUCAUGAGUGGCUGCCAGCUGACCCUGAAAUGGACAUGUUUCACAGAAGCCUGGAUUGUGACAUGGAGUCCAUCCUCCUCCAUGGCAUUCUAGACUCAGGAGGGGAGAAUGACUGCAAUUUUGACUCCUCAUUGGCACAGGGAAUGGGCAUGGGCUUUGGAUUCACAGGUACGCAGCAGAACCACAACAAACAGAGCUGGGUUCCCGGAUAAACACAAUACCCCUUGUAAAUUACUUGAAUAUUACUAGAGGCACUACAAUCUAGACACCAACCAGCA